AUGCAAUCAAGAGAUGAAUUUGAGGAGUAGGAGGACAUGAUUAUUGAAGAAAAUUUUAUUAAGAAUGUAGGUUCUAAUCAAAAUUAAAGAUUUGAGAGUGAUUUUACAGUCGAAGAUUAGGAUAAAAGGAAUAUUCUUCAUUAAACUGCAUUAAGACAAGAUAAUAAAGUUUUGGAAAUUUUAAUUGAAGAUUAUAAAAUAUUGCUUAAGGAUAAUAAAAAGAAGAUCAAAAGUACUAGAUAAUAGAAGAAACAGAUUCCCUAAAAAAAUGAAGAUGAUGAGGAAAUAAUUGAGAUUGAUUUUGAUUUUGAGGACAACGAUGGAUUAGAAGUUUAAGAAUAAAUUAAAAAAUAUGUUCAAUAAAAAGAUAUCUUUGGAUGUUCCCCCAUAUAAAUUUGCUGUUUCUUAAAUGACCCUAAAUUGCAAAACAAUAGAUAGGAAUGUUUAAGGAUAUUGAUAGAAAAUGGUUCAGAUGUAAAUUGUAUAAAUCCUCAUAGCAGAUGGGCUCCAUUACAUUGGUGUGCAUUUUAUGGGGACUCAUACAGUGUGUAAUUCCUUCUCAAAAAGAAAGCUCAUACUUUUUUGUGUGAUAACAAUGGACUCUAUCCAAUGGAUUUAGCAGGAAAGAACGGGCAUGAAAAUGUAUUGCGACUGAUAAUAAAACAAACAAUUGAUUUUCUAACAGAAUGCUAGCAAUUUUGGAAUAGUGAAUUAAAAGGGAAAAAUGAAGCUGAAUUUAUAUAACUUCAAGAGAUUUGUAGCAAGCACGAGCCCGAAUUGUAAAACCCUUUAUUAUACACCAAAGUUUUGUACUGGUGUUGUUUUUAUUCAAUUAAUAAGGACAUCUAAGAUAUUUUAAGGAAUUUGCCUAGAAUUUAUAUUAUGUUUCCCAUUAAAUCUUUGGAGGGUUAAUCUUGUUUGCAUGCUUGUUGUUCAAAGAACAAUUAUGAUGCCUUGAAGAUAAUCAUAAAAUCGGAAAUAUUGGAUCUGUCAAUAAGGGGCCCUGAAUCAACUAAUAAGAAGAAACCAUAGAAAAAAUAUAGAGACAGAAAAAACUACUAUUCAAAAGCAUUAGUUAGCUAUUUAGAGACGAUAAGUAGAUAAGAAUUACCAGGAAUAACUUAUAUAUUAGAUAACAGAGAUUCAUCAAUUUACAAGGAAAGAUAUUACCAUGAACUUGAAAGGUAUAGAAUGCAAGAUCUAAAAUACAAGGAAGAAUUACUUAAAAUAACUACAAGAUUCUUGCAAUAACAUGAAUUAAAGAAUGAUAAAGAGUUCUAUAAUAAGACUAAGGAAUUAUUUUGUAAGAACGUCCUAUAAAUUGAUGUAAAGGAUAAUCAUGGAAAUACUGCAUUGCAUUUGGCAUCAUUAAAUGGUGAUUAAAAAAUAAUUAAAUUUCUAUUGAAUAAAUACGCAGAUCCUGAGGCUGAAAACAAUGAGUUUUUCAGAGCAAGACAAUUAACAAAAGAUACUGCUACGUAGAUUUAUUAUGAUGGUUUAAUCAAAAAAAAGAAAUAUGCUCAAAAUCAAAAUUUGGUUCAUUAAUCGAUUGCAGAAAUAUUUGAUAAGCAUAAAUAAAAAAGACAGAAAUAAUUAGUUAACUUUGAAGAUCAAUAUAACUUAAUGGAAAAUAUAGUUAAAAAAUCAUAGUUUUAUAAAUCAUAACUUAAAACAAAGAAGCAAAUCCAGGCUUAAAAGUCAAUAAGAGAAUAAAAGAGCUUGUCUUAGUUUAAUGAGAAUGAGCUUUAGAAGAGUCCAGAUUCAAUCAAGUCUUCAGUUUAAAGAGAGAAUAAGAAUUUUCUACACAAAACAGCCAAAGCUAAAAAAAAUAACAAUUAGGUAAUUCCAUUAAAUGUAUCGACUUCACUUUAAUAAAAGAAAAAAACUAAUUCAUUUGAUUGUUUAGAACAAUUAAUUUUAUUUUCAAGUUAAUUAUUUGUACCGGACAUUGUGUUGAAAUUUGAUCAAUCAGUUAAAACGAACUUAAUUGAUAUUUUUAAAAGACAUAAAGGAUCAGAAAUAGAAGAACAAAAAAGAAUCAUAGAUCAAUAAAUUAAUUUUUAAUUAGAUUUAUUAUAAAAGGCUGAAUUUGAAAUAUAUAUGAUGCAAUCAUUUAUAGCUAAAGAAUCAGUUUACAUUAUGUUAAGAUUGAAAGAAGAGAAAUUGGAGAGGUUGGCAGAAGAAAUGGAAAUGUAAAUUAAAUUGAUUGACUCGUAUGAUUUAGAAUAAUUUAAAUCCGAAUAAAGAAAUAAAUUCGAGCCGUUCCGAUCCAGUUAAAGGUAAAAAAUUGUAUAUGAUCAUCUAAUUAAGUCAGUAAAUUUAGAGUCAUUACUCAAAUCAAAACUUGUUGAAUCCUGUUAUGCUAUGCAUACGUCUGGAGGAAUUUAAAUUGUCAAAAGAUAAUGGUAGAAAUUAUCCUUUGGUUUCAUACCUUAACCAAUAAGUUAGAUUAAGGAUUAUCUUAGUGAAGGCAGAGGAAGAAAUUUCACUUCUUUAACAACUAUGAGAUUAUAUUUUGGGGAAUAGAUUUCAUUUUAUUUUGCAUGGAUAAGUUACUUGUCGUGUGUUUAACUAAUUAUAGCCAUUCCAGGACUUGCACUUUAAUUAUAUGCAAUUUUAUAUGAUUUUCAUUCUGAUUUGAUACCUUAUUGGGUAUUAUUUGUAACAAUAUGGUCUACUGUAUAAAUAGAAUUGUGGAAAAGGAAAACAUCUGAAAUCAACACAAGAUGGGGUUGCAUAGACUAAAUGUUAUAAGCUGAGUCCUCAUAUUAUGAAGGACCUUUGAAGGAUAAGUUUUCAGGAGAUGAAGAAAUCCAUUUCAUCACAAGAAAAUUAACUAAGCAUCAAUAAAUAACCAAAAUGGCAGUGUACUUUAUACUUUUCAUUUUCCUAUUAGCCGUUUUUUUAUUUUGUAGUUUUGCCAUUGUUUAUGGGAUUGAUUUACUUAAAUAAGAACUUAUAGUUUAUAAAGGAUUUAUAUUUUUAUUGGGAGCAUUGUAGGCUAUUGCCAUACAGAUUUUAAAUAUUCUGUUCCUCUACUUUUCUAAAUGGUAUGCAGAUCAAGAAAAUCACAAAUUUGAAUUAAGUUAUCAAAAGUCAUUGAUUUACAAGAAUGUAUUUUUCAGGUUUAUUAAUUCAUAUAUGCCAUUGAUGUAUAUCAUUGUUACUUCCAAUAAAUAUACUCUUGAGGAUAUCUUCUACUUUAUAAUUCCAUUGGUUUUAGUAAAAAAGGCAUAUUAUAUUUUGGUUAGCUUUCUUAUACCAGUAAUAUUGUUGAGAGGAAGCAUAAGAAGUUACUUUAAAAAAGUAAAGGAUAUAACUAUUGAGCAAAAGAAGGUGAGAUAAACCAAUAAAUAACAUCUGUUAUACUUAGAUGAAAUUGAAUAAUUUUGGGAUUACGAUGAGUUUUUAAAAAAUUCAAAACUAGAAUCCUAAGACAACAUAGAUGUAGAUUUACUAGAAUCAGCAGCUAGACCUGUUUUAAAAAUAGAGAGUGAAGAAGUUUUAGAGGAAAAGAUAUUAGAAGAAACUAAGAAUCCUAAAUUUAAAUAUAUGCCCUUUGAAACAAAAAUAGAUGUGGAUGCAAUAGAAUUGAAUUCCUUAAAAGAUGAUUUUGAAGGAACUCUUGAUUAUUUUAUGGAAGCCAUCACUGAUUAUGGAUAUUUUAUUUUGUUCUCUGCUGCUUUUCCAAUAGGGCCAUUUGUUGGCAUUGUUAUGAAUACAAUUGAUAUACAGGUAAAAUUAUAUAAAUUGAUUUACAUGACAAAAAGAGUAAAAUCUGAGAGAGUCCCUGGUAUUGGUUAAUGGCUUAAUGUGUUGGAAUUUCUAAGUGCUACUGGAGUAUUUACUAAUUUUGUUUUACUUUAUUUCAAGCACAGAUAUGCUACUUUAAGGAUGUUUACUGAUUAAGUAGAUUAUGUUAUUCAAAAUGAUUUAGAAUUAUGGUACUUUAUGAGUUGUGUGAUUGCUGUUUCUCUUAUCAAAAUAUUAGUCAGAGAACUAAUACCAGAUAGACCUGAUUGGGUUAUUGAAGAGAUAGAUAAAAUAAAUCAUAGGGAACUUGUUGAACAAUAGUAGAAAACUUAGAUCAAAUUAAAAGAUUUAGAAAAGCACUAUAAAGAAUUAAAGGAGGAUAAUAAGAAGCUAAAAAAAGAAUAAGGAGAAAUGGAAUAUUCUACUGAAAUUAAACUUAAGUAAUUGGAUGCAGAAAUAGUCAAAUUGGAAUAGCAUUUCUUUAGCAUCUCAAAAUACAGAAAAUUAGAUAGAAUAGUUAUGACAGAGUAUGAUAUGAUAGUGUAGAGUGUUAUGAAAAUUAGAUAUUAUCAAAUUGAUAAUGCUUUAAUUGUCAAAAGAAUGCUGUAAUUUUUAUAAGCAAAAUCAUAAGCCCUAUCAAUAUGCUAAGAAUGCGGCAAAAAUCCAACAAUAUUAGAGUGUAUUGAGUGCACUGAACUAUUUUGUGCUGCAUGUUAUUAAAAGUUACAUACCAUCACACAGCAAACUUCGCAUAAUGUUAAUUUAUUGAUUAAGAAAAAUGAAAUAUUAGAGUAAAUAGAAUUGAAUGUAGUUAUUGAUAGACCUAGUUAGAGAAUGGUGCCAAAUGAGUUAUCUAAGCAGAUGAAAUCUUAAAUUAAGAUAACAGAACCAAAAAGAUGUUGGAAAAAAAUUGAGUACUUUUACAUUCCACUUCAAUUAUAAAAUGGAUAACCUAAAUUGAAUGAAUUGUAUAAUCAAUUUGGAGAUUACUACUUAAGAGGUCCUGGAUUAGAAUUUAGAGAUUUUAGAAUUUAAGUAGAAAAGAUUGUUCCGAUUAAGGAGUUAAUAUUAAUAGAGGAUGCUUCUUUGAGAAUUGAGGAUAAAAUCUUUUUAAAUCGAAUUGCUUUUUGUUUAUUUAGGAAGAAAAAGAAUUUAGCUGAAAUCCAGUUAUUCCUCAAACAAUGCAGUACUCUUUAACUUGGUUAGUUAGAGUAGAAAGUCAUUUUAUUUUUUGAUCUUCUUGAUUUGAACGAGGAUGAAGAAAUAUCAAAGGAUGAGUUAGAAAAUCAAUUCUUACUGUCAUUUGUAUAGGAUGUUCGCACUAAUAAAACGAUUUUAGAGAUGAUUGAUUCAUUUUUCACUGAUAAAGUUAAGAAAAGAGAAAAAAAAGAAAUAACUUAAGAGUUUUUCAAUAAAGUGCAAAGAAAUAAUGAUUUUUCAUCGUUUUUAGAAAGUCUUUUAUAAGUCUAAGGAUUAAAAAUUGAUUGA